AUGCCCUGGGACACACAGCCUGCUGGCACCUUCCUGCAUGGCAAAGCUGCUCUGCUGGUGGACACCGUCUUGGCCAAGGUCCCAGGAAAUGGGUCUGGACUUCUGGCCACUGUCUUGGCAUCGCUUCACAGUGCUGCAUUGGCUCAUGAUGUCAACUACCCACGAAUGCCGACUCCCUUCCUUCGUACAGCGGAGUCUGGGGGACCUGCUGUCACCUCAGGGAAACGAAGUGAUCUGUUGUCCUCUGCUGUGCAGCAGACUCUGCUGACAUCCACCAAAGCCCGCCUUUCCCCUGCUCAGACCAGGGUCCCCAGCACUGCAGGUCCCACUGCAAUUACAGUGAGCUUGGCAGCCCUUGAUGCCAUCCUGGAGCCUGGAGCGACCAAAGCCCCCUGCAAGGAUGGAGCUGUGACAUUCCGGCUGUUGGGCAUUGCUUACACCGAAGCUCUGAGCAGCAGGGCUUCAAGGAGCUACAGGGAACUGGAGGAAGAAGUGAGGCUGAUGCUAAGCCAAAUGUUGUCCACCUAUGAGACUUUCCUGCAGGCAAAUGUCCUUGAGUUUAUGAACGGCUCGGUGGUUGUACGAGGGGAGGCUCUGUUCCAGGGCAAUGUUCCUGCUCCCACCAACUCCCACCUCAUCCGAACGGUCGUCACAGAGGCAAGCAGGGGAAGGAGCAUCUUCAGCUGGCAACUGGAGCCACAAUCUGUCCAGUCCAGUGGCUUCAGCCUGAAGAACCUGGACCCAGAGAAGCUGUCCAUCUCUCUCACUCUCUUCCCGCUUGGGAAGAGCAGGACAGACCUCCUGCAGGGGCUGACCAGCAAGGUGACUUGGUCUCUCAGUGCCCUCUACCAUGUGAGGAACUUCACUAUUGCCCAGCUAAGAAACCUCAGUGGGAACCUGGAGAUCGCUGGAGACAUCUACCUUGACACGAUCGUCCAUGCUGAUGUUGCAGAGGUUCUGCAAGCCUUGACAGCUCUCGCAACCUGCUCUGUGGACCUCACCUCCCUCUCAGUGGAGGGAGCCAGGCUUCACCUGCAGGUUUACCCGGUCUCCUUCCUCAUCACCAACAGACACUUCAGCGAGGACCUUCUGGAUCCACUUGCUGUAGAGCACCAGGAGCUCACCAGAGACCUUGGUGAUGCGUCCUCCGUGAAGCUGAAGCUGAUCUGCGCCCAGGUGCUGCGGGACCUGCUGGGGGAGGCCAUCGAGUAUGAGAAGAUCCUGAAGCUGACCUCGGACGCCAAGCUGGAGUCGGGGGACGUGAAGGCGACCAUCGCCGUCCUCGGCUUCAUCCUCUCCAGCGCCGCCAAGCACAACGUGGAUGGCGAGUCCCUGUCGAGCGAGCUGCAGCAGCUGGGGCUGCCCAAAGAGCACGCCGGCGGGUUGUGCCGGUCCUACGAGGAGAAGCAGAGCUCCCUCCAGGACAGGCUGAGGGCCUGCAGCCUGAGACUGAGCCGGCUGGGCUCGGUGCGCUGGAGGGUGGAUUACACCCUCAGCUCCAGCGAGCUGCGGGAGGUCAACGAGCCCCUCGUGCACCUGACCUUCAACCUGCGGGACGGGGAGCGCGACAGCAGGGCGGCCGUCCCCGUGGCCCUCUCGGCCGACAAGUUCCGGGUGCUGCUGGCAGAGCUGAAGCAGGCCCAGGCCCUGAUGAACACCCUUCUCUGA